CCCAAAACGUGUGUCCCACCCCAGCAGAAGUUGCUCGACAUCACCACCCCAACUUUGGACCUCCGCCCAAUAGCCUUCCCAUCUGCCGGUGAGGGAUGUCUGCAGCUGGGAGAGUGCCUCCCAGGUGGCAAAACGCAAGAAUUUGAACAAAGAGGGAAGAGAGGAGGUGAUUCGGUACCUCCUCGCUGGCAGCACGAACGGGGUUUUGCGGUAUGGUGCGUUCAAGGAAGCCGGCGAGAAGUUCGGCUACUACUGGGAGACGAUCAAGAGGCUGUGGAUGAGGUACUAUACGCAGCACAAAGCGGGGGUCGCCAGUCCAAAGAUAGAGAACCGGCGCAUGGGAAAUAGCGGCCGGAAGGGCAUUCCCCUCGAAGAACUCAGGGAGCGCCUGCGUGACAUCCCGCUGAACCGCACCACACAGCGCCGCUUGGCUGCGGCGCUUGGGAUUCCCAAAAGCACGCUGCACAGGAAUCCCAAGGCGCUCGGGCUGAGGGCUCACUCGAACGCGCUCAAGCCGUACCUGCAACCAGCCUCCCAACAGCCCUGACACCAACAUCCUGGACCUGGGCUUCUUCGCGUCAAACCAGUCCCUGCAGGACCGCUACAAGCCCAGAACUAUCGACGACCUCGUCGGCGAGGUCGAGACCGCGUGGGAGAAGGCGUCGCCGGACAAGCUUGGCAAGGUGUGGACUUCGCUCCAGGCUUGCUUGGAGCGAACCUUGCUCUGCGGCGGGGACAACACCUACAAGGUCCCUCAUUUGAGCAACGACAAGGCUGCACGGGCGGGGACGCCCAUCCCACUGCGGUACCAGAUCUCCGAGGAGGCGUGGAUCAAGGGCACAUCGUCGCUCGAGGCGGGAGAGGAACAAGGAGGAGCCGCGUAGAA